ACCAUAACGUUGUUUGCCAACUGCCAUAAAAUUCCACGAAGAAGAAAAAUACAACAACUGGAUGCCAACUGCAGUGAAACAAGCAGCUUGAUGUACAGCAAGGAAUAAAUACCCAAUUGCAAGUCUUCAUCUGUUUGUAAAUCUGCAAACAUGCCAGGAGAACCCACAAUGAUGAACAAAGAAGAGAUUAGUGAUGAGAAUUUGGUAGCUGCAAGACUCUCUAGUGGUCAGCCAACGUCAUCUGGUAUUCACCACACUUGCAAACAAAGUCAAAAAAUAAUUUACCACUGCUCUGAGUGUGGGAAAAGCUUUAGUAAUGAAGUCUAUCUCAAAACGCACCAAUGCACCCAUACAGGCGAGAAGCUGUAUCACUGUUUACAGUGUGGGGAGAGUUUUACUCAAACAGAAACCUUCAUGCAACACCAGAGGAUUCACACAGGAGAAAAGUCAUACCACUACUCACAGUGUGGAAAAAGCUUUAUGGAUGGAGGAACUCUCAAAAAACACCAGCGCAUUCACACAGGAGAAAAACCAUAUCACUGCUCACAGUGUGGGAAAAGCUUCAGUCUCCGAGGAACUCUCAAAACACAUCAGCGCUUCCACACAGGAGAAAAACCAUAUCACUGCUCACAGUGUGGAAAAAGCUUUAUACUACAAGGAACUCUUAGAACACACCGGCGCAUCCACACAGAAGAGAAGCCGUAUCACUGCUCACAGUAUGGGGAAAGUUUUAGUGAGAGAGGAAAGGUUAUGAAAUUCCAGUGCAUUUUCACAGGAGAGAAACCAUAUCACUGCUCACAGUGUGGGAAAAGCUUCAGUCUCCGAGGAACUCUCAAAACACAUCAGCGCUUCCACACAGGAGAAAAACCAUACCACUGCUCACAGUGUGGAAAAAGCUUUAUACUACAAGGAACUCUCAGAACACACCGGCGCAUCCACACAGGAGAGAAGCCGUAUCACUGCUCACAGUAUGGGGAAAGUUUUAGUGAGAGAGGAAAGGUUAUGAAAUUCCAGUGCAUUUUCACAGGAGAGAAACCAUAUCACUGCUCACAGUGUGGGAAAAGCUUUAGUCUCCGAGGAAGUCUCAAAACACAUCAGCGCAUCCACACAGGAGUGAAGCCGUAUCACUGCUCACAGUGUGGGAAGAGUUUUACCCGAGAGUGCACCCUCCAAAGACACCAGCGCGUUCACACGGGGGAGAAGCCGUAUUAUUGCUUCCAGUGUGGGAGGAGUUUUGCCCAAGAGAGCACCCUCCAAAGACACCAGCGCAUUCACACAGGAGAGAAGCCAUAUCGCUGCUCACAGUGUGGAAAGAGUUUUUCUGAGAGAGGAAAUUUCAUGAGACACCAGCGGAUUCACACAGGAGAAAAGCCGUAUCACUGUUCACUUUGUGGAAAGAGCUUUAUUGAUGGAGGGACUCUCAAAAUCCACCAACGCACCCAUACAGGCGAGAAACCGUAUCACUGCUCUCAGUGUGGAAAAAGCUUUAGGCAGAGAGAAAGUCUCAAAACACAUCACCGCAUCCACACAGGGGAGAAGCCAUACCACUGCUCACAGUGUGGGAAGAGUUUUUCUGAGAGAGGAAAUUUCAGGAAACACCAGCGGAUUCACACAGGAGAAAAGCCGUAUUACUGCUCGCAUUGUUGUUUGAGCUUCACUUAUUCAAGUGCACUGAAGAAACACAAGUGCAUUGCAAUGGACCUGUCACUAUGUAACACAUGAAUUUGUCAAGUCAAAAAAUAUAAUAAUUAUUAUUACAGGUGUAACAAUACACUCUGGUCACAAUUCGUUUUGAUUCAUGGUACUGGCUUCAUAAUUCAAUUCAAAUUGUUUAUUUUGAACAAAAUUUGAAUGAAGAAAAAUUGGCAGACUAUUUGGUUAUUUUUGAAUUUAAAAAAAAAGCAAAACUUUUUUUUUUAUAAAGCUAAAACAAAAAAUGCUGUGAAAAGAGGUUUAAUAUUGUAAAGCAAAUUGUGCUAUAGUUUCACCAUAUCUUCAAAAUAAAUAAAUUUAUAAAUUCUCUCAAAAUCUGAUUGAAUAGACAGUGUUUCUGACUGGCGAAAAUGAUCUUCUGAAACAUAAUAAGCAACAUAAUCGCAUAAAUAGCAAGAACUGAGGCAUCAUUUUAAUCAGAAAUAGAGCUCCAAAAUUGGCUAAAAUCCCUGUAUGUUGCAAACAUGAUUUGUGAACAAUGCUUCUCAUGUAGCUCCUUAUCUUGAUAUUUUGAAAAAGACUGAAUGUUUAACUGGGUAAGCACCAGUAAUUAAUCAUGAAGGACUCUGGUACAUAAGUCCAGAUUUACUUAUCUAUGCCUUUUGCUAUAAUUUGUAUUACAUUACAUUAAAGUGUACCAGUACUGGUUAUGCUUACAACAUUAAUUGUGCUUUACAUAUUCCUUAUAGGCAAAAGAUGUGCACAUUCAGUCAAAAAAAAACGUAAAAGCACUUUUGUGGACAGUUUUAUUCCGUGAAUUACCCGCAGAGGCAGAACCAUGGGGAGCAGCCAUUGCCAGCUGGAAGUGACGUACAGUUGUUGAUUCUGGAUUAUUGUAUGCGAGUAAACAAGCAGUGUUCUGUGGGUCGAGAUUCCCAGUUCCCAGUUAAAUAACUUCAGAACACAUUGAGUAAAUAUAGAUCUAAUACUUGUAAUAGAUCUUUAUUUUAUGGCACAUAUCUAUUAUUUCAUGGCAUUAUGUGCAAGUAGAUCCGGUUAUACUUUGGGGUCGAGGGCUUUGCCAGCAAAGCUUGACAGGCUUAUAAUGAGUAGGUCAUGUAUUGAGAUAAAUAUCUUCAAGUUUUUUAUCAUACAAGCAUGAUAAACAUAUGUAGAAACGUUCCGGUUGUGGGUGGAGCACAGAAGUACAGCAGGCUGUUAUUUGCUUGUGAGUGUUCUUUAUUUUGCUUUUCAGCACAACUCUGUCCAUUGGGGACACACUCAUACACACACACUCAUACACACAGACUACUAUCGUGUUCUGGUCCCUGAUCUCCCCUCCUCUAUUCCUCUCACUCCUUUUAUAGGGUGCCGUCACUGUAAGAGACACACAAACACACGUUAGUUGACAACAGGUGUAGCAAUACGACCAGUCACCUUCCCCGACUCUGCCCUCCAUUCACAGACUGACGCUCGGCCACGCCCCCGCUGCCACAUACCCCCACCACCCGACUCAGGCCGGGAGCUGUCCGGCCUGCAGCGGACACCCCCCCCCCCCCCCCCCCCACUGGGACAGGAAGUCCGCCACCACCAUCUGUGCCACCGGCCUGUGGACCACCUCGAAUUUGAAUGACUGGAGGGCAAGAUACCAACGGCUGAUCUGUGUGUUGGCAUCCUUCAUGCAGUGGAGCCACUCGAGGGGCACGUGGUCCGAACAGAGGGUGAAAGGGCGUUCCAGUAGGUAGUACCAGAGGGCGAGGACUGCCCACUUGAUGGCUAGGCAUUCUUUCUCUAUCGUGCUGUACCUGCCUUCCCGCAUUGACAGCUUCUGGCUAAUGUACAGCACAGGACGUUCCUCCCCCUCCACCUUCUGGGACAGAACGGCCUCCAGCCCUCUGUCCAAGGCAUCCGUCUGUAAAAUAAAGGGGAGAGAAAAGUCAGAGGAGUGUAACAGUGGCCCCCCACACAGUGCAGCCUUUACCCUAGAGAAAGCCUGUUGGCAUUGCUCCGUCCACUGGACCAGAUCUGGUGCUCCCUUUUUAGUGAGAUCACUAAAGUAGAUAGUAGCCAGCCAGCCCCAGGAACUGUCUCACCCCUUUUUUGGUCUUGGGCCUUGGGCAGGCCUCAAUCGCUGCAGUCUUAUUAAUUUGGGGACGCACCUGCCCAUGGCCCAAGUGGAAACCCAGAUACCAUACUUCCACCCACCCAAUUGCACACUUCUUUGGGUUAGCUGUGAGACCCGCAUGCCUCAGCGACUUUAGGAUGGCCCUAAGGUGUUCGAGGUGCCGCGGCCAGUCAUUGCUAUAGAUGAUAAUAUUAUCGAGAUACGCAGGUGGUGUGGGGGUGGAGAACCCUGUCCAUGAGCCGCUGGAACAUCGCAGGAGCCCCAAAUAACCCAAAAGGAAGUGUGACGAAUUGGUGUAAGCUAAAUGGUGUGGAAAAGGCCAUUUUCUCUCGGGAUAGAGGAGUCAAGGGGAUCUGCCAAUAUCCCUUCGUUAAAUCCAGUGUCGAAUAAAAAUGAGCAGUGCCUAAUCGAUCGAGCAGCUCAUCAAUGGGAGGCAUUGGGUAAGCGUCAAAUUUAGACACCGCGUUGACUUUUCUAUAGUCCACACAGAACUGGACCGACCCAUCGGUCUUGGGGACCAGGACCACUGGGCUGCUCCAGUCACUGUGGGACUCCUCGAUUAUGCCCAUUUCGAGCAUGGCCUCGAGUUCAUCCCGGACCACCUUUUUCUUGUGUUUGGGCAGGCGGUAAGGGCGGCUACGCACUACCACCCCCGGGGGCGUCUCAAUGUGGUGUUCUAUGAGGUGGGUGCGGCCAGGCGGGGGUGAAAACACGUCGGAAAAUUUCUUCUGCAACUGGGCUACCUCCGUGAGUUGGGCCAGGUAGAGGUGGUCUCCACAAAGGACCGGAGUGGUUGGUGAUGUCAAUUUUCUUUUUUGAACCUCUGGCCCCAGCUCCGCCUUCUCCAGGAUUACUGACAUCAACGCCACAAGGACCUCCUCAUUCCAACGUUUUAACAUAUUGAGGUGGUAAAUUUGUAAUGCUCCACCCCGUCUGUUCGCCUCACCUCAUAGUCGACGUCCCCGAUUCACCGUGUGACCUAGAAGGGCCCUUGCCACUUGCCGAUCAAUUUGGAGCUCGACAUGGGCAACAAUACAAGUACUUUGUCUCCCAGUGUGAAUUCCCUAAGGCACGUGCCCCUGUCGUACAGUUGGAUUUGACGUUCUUGUGCCUGCCGCAAAUUCUCCUGGGUUAAGUGCGUGAGUGCAUGGAGUUUGGUGCGCAGGUCGAGAAUGUAUUGAAUUUCGUUCUUACUAGAUAAAGGUCCCUCCUCCCAAUUUUCACGUAGUACGUCCAAAAUGCCACGCGGCUUAUGCCCAUAUAAUAAUUCAAAGGGUGAAAAACCUGUUGAGGCUUGCUGGACCUCUCGUACUGCAAAUAACAGGGGCUCGAGCCACUUGUCCCAAUUAUGUGCAUCUUCGCUUACGAACUUCGGAAUUAUGUUUUUGAGAGUUCGAUUAAAACGUUCCACUAAGCCAUCAGUUUGUGGGUGGUAGACACUGGUGCGGAUAGGCUCAAUCCCCGGUAACCCAUACAGUUCGCGCAGUGUGCAUGACAUAAAUGUAGUGCCUUGGUCUGUCAGGAUUUCUUUCGGAAUCCCGACCCGGGAGAUAACGCGGAAGAGCGCUUCCGCAAUACUGCAUGCUGAGAUAUUGCAGAGAGGCACUGCUUCCGGAUAUCGCGUUGCAUAGUCCACCAGAACUAAAAUAAAGUGAUAUCCCCAUGCUGACCGAUCUAAUGGCCCGACGAGAUCCAUCCCAAUUCUUUCAAAAGGGGUCUCGAUUAAAGGGAGAGGGCGCAAAGGCACUUUUGGAGUGGCUGCGGGAUUUACUAAUUGCCAUUCGUGACACGCCGCACACCACCGACGGACAUCCCCGUGAAUCACUGGCCAAUAGAACCGGGCCAUUAUUCAGGCUAGUGUUUUAUCUUGCCCUAAGUGUCUGGCCAUGGGACUAAAGUGAGCCGCCUGGAAUACGAGUUCCUGAUGGCUCUUUGGGGUUAAUAACUGUGUUUAUUUUUUUUGCCAGUUUAAGUGUUCUGUGUCACUCAGUAUAACCUAUCCUUAAUAAUAGAAAAGUAGGGAAAGGCCGGUGUCGCAUUUGGCUGGAGAAUUUGACCAUCGAUUACUCUCACUUGGUCAAAUUCAUGCUGCAGAGUCCCGUCUCGCAACUGCUCUAACAGGAAAUCCCCAAGGGAAUCUCCGAAAGAAGGAGGAGGGGCAGGAUGCUCCUCACUCCGCGUAUUGCCCUGACACAGUGCUGAUGUAGACGGCUCUGUGACAGCUUCUCCCACCAAUGCUAGUCUGGGGUCUUCCCCAGACGGAUUACUGCAGGACCCACUCCUUACUAUGUGUGUCAUUAACUCCUUAAAUCCUGGCCAAUCAGUCCCCAAAAUCAGUGAGUGGGUGAGACGAGGGUUAACCGCCGCCUUUACACUAUGCUUUUCACCCCGAAAUAGAAUGUGGAUGGACACUAAGCGGUAGCUGUGAACAUCCCCGUGCACACACAACACUUUCACCACUCGUGCUCUCCCCAGUGUCUCACCUUGCACCAAGCUUUGGUGGAUUGAGGUCUGGUUACAGCUGGAAUCCACCAAAGCCUGGUAUGUAUCCCCUUGGACACUUACUGGUACAGUGCUCAAAAUACUUUUUUCAGCCAGGUUGCCCAAUCAGCAUUUCAGGUUGCCCCACUCCCAAGUUAUUACUUUCUUCAAAUCAGCUACUUAUCCAUUAUCUUUUCUUCUAGUUAACUACUUAUGUUUGAUCUUAUCAAGAAAUAAAUACAAAAGCUUUCAAACAGCAUGUUUUAUUGAAAAACACUACCUUCCUCUCUCAGAUCUCUUCAGUCUCAGAGCUACUACUACUGCACUCGAGCUCAGACUCGAGCUCAGACUCUGCAGACCUGGCCCUCUCUCCAUAUGGUCUGGUCCUUGGCCUUCUGGCUGUCUUUCCAGCAGACCACCACCGGGCAAUGGCAUCGUCUGGGCAAAAGUUGUCAACUGUCACCGGUGAAAGUGAUAUUGCCAUCAAGGCAGUGAGAGUGUCAGACCUAAGGCUGUUGCGCCAGUCAGACUUGAUCAAUUUCAUAAGACUGAACCCUCUUUCACACUGUGCAGUCGACAGUGGGAAUAGCAAGACUAUCUGUACAAGCACUAAGAUGUCCUUGAACCUGUCCGACUCCAUGUGGUCCCUCAUGACUUCUUGCCACAGGUCAAGGUACUUGGUAUGUCCAGAGGCCAACUUUCUCUUCACCAACCUCUUUAACUCACCCCAAGGCAGGAGACAGUCUUCCAGGGAGUGUCCUUUGCUCUCAAGGGCUUCUUUAUAAUGGGCAAAAAUGGUGGAUACAUCUUCCUCCCCAUAGCUGUCCAAUUUCUUACCAGCACUGUGUGGGGUCAAAUACCAUAGCUGCAUGUAGGACUGUGUUGUUAAGUAGUGUGUCUUUGAAUCUACCAUCCAGAUGAAAGAUAACAGAUGACACAACAGACUCGGCCACGUCCAUAACAGACUCCUCUUGUCCCCUCCCCCUUCUGUGUGUCAGACUAAUAGUUUUAUAUCUUGUAGGGCGCUGAUCUCUGUCAGUUUCUAUGUCCUCCAUCAUCAUCUUCCUGAGCUUGCUCUUGUCUUCACUCAGUUCCUCCAUCUUUGCCCUUACAUCCUCCACUUUUGUAGUCACCCAUUCCAACGUCACCUCCCUCUCCUGGAAGCAGCUACUCAGCGAUGAUAAAUAUUUCAAGAUGUGCAGUAGGAACUUGAGGAACAUUACAAACUUUGCAGAUUUUACGGUCUGCAGAAUUCCUCUGGCCUUACUUUUACUUUCUCCAGCUCCAAUUUCAACCACUUGCUCUAGAUGUGUGACCAGAGCCUGGUAACUUCUGUCUACUACACCUACAGCUCUCUCAGUAUGACCAAUCCACCUUGUACCCACAGUGCUGACAGGCUUGAGUGCAGGACAGUCCAGUGCUUCACCUGUGGCCCUAUAGCUAGACAGGUUCAACGGACUGUUCUUGUAAAACUUGUAAAUGAUUUGGAGGGUGUCAGAAACAUGCUUAAAGUAUGCAUUAUCAUUUAAUGUGUUCUUGUAUGCAAGUUCAAGUUUAUGUCCCGAACAGUGAAUGCUGAUCACCUGCUGUCCUACAAAUUCAUUCUUCAACCUGGUGACAACGCCUGAUAUGUGCCCCAACAUGACAUUUGCACCAUCCACACCCGCAGCUACCAGUUUCUUGCGCCAUUCUGUUUGGCCCAAAUCAUUCUCGAGCACUUCCACUAUGGCAGAAGUAAUAGAUUGUGCAUCCGCUUUGUGAAUUGGCUUCAAUGCCACAAAUUUUGUUACUGGCCUAAAACCUUCAAGGACUUGAACAUAGACAAUUUCUUCCUGAACAUUUGCAGUGUCUGUGCUACCAUCAGACAGAACAGAGAAGAAACUUGCACGGUCAACAACAUUCUUCAGCUCCUCAAACAUGGUGUCAUGUAUAUACAUAGCAAAAUCUUUUGUGUGUUUGUCAUUCAGGUAUGUUUCAUCUACAGUGUGAAGGCCAUUACACUUCUGGAGCUCCAUCAAGCCUUUGAAGUCCGAAAAAGGCCUACCGUUUUUUGCCAAAUAGAAGGCAGUUCUGAACAAUGUUUGCAACUGUUCUUGUUCUUGUACUUCCAUUCUACGCACUGCUUGUAGCAGGGGUCUUUCCUGCAUUGUGAAAAAGGGAAAAAUGUCUAGUAAAUAUGCUAUUUCUACAUUUGGACAAAAAUGAUGUAGUAAUUAAAACAAUUCACCGUAAAAAAAAAAAUUACCAUACUCAAAAAAUAAAAUCCAUGUCCCCGGCCUUACAAUUCCUGGCUCGACUUAUUUCAGCUAUAAAUAUAUGAAAACACCAUGUUAAACUCAUGUUCGAGAGGAGAAAAACAUACGAGAGGUAGUUUCAGUAGCCACGCCCACGUGGCCGUACAAAGGACUUUAUUAAACAACAACAUUCUUGUCAGAACAGUACAGUGUAGUUGCGUGUAUGACACGGUUAAUUUUUUUCUCAAACGUGAAUCGAAGUUACCCCUGCUUAUGUUAAAUCUAUCGGAUGGCUUUUCGACAAAAAAACAAAGAAUAUUUGUGUAAACAAACCUGUCUGGGUUAUGUUAAAUUUAUUGGAUGACUUUUCGACUCAAACAAAAUGAAUACUUGUGUAAACAAACCGUCGAGGCAGCAACGAAAGUCUUCUCUAUUCUUUCACAACCUUGUGCGUGUUGGAGUUCUCGUGUGCGGUUACACUUGAUUUCUUUAUUGUGGUACAGCCAGUUCGGAAAUUAUUUCUGCCUCCAGACUUAUUGAACUCGAUGCACCAGUCACACACCAUAGUCUCGACGUCUCCUUCAGUGACGUGACACAGCCAUUCGCGAUCUUUCUUCCAUGAUUCCAGAAACGCGUAUUUCCGCACUCGUUUCUUUCCUUUCCCGGCUGCGGUCUUCUUGCCUGUCGAAUCCUCCCCCUGUGUCUCGGGGCCAGCUCUGCGGUGCUCCGCAUGACUUGACAAGGAAGCAGUUUCAGUGUCUUCUUCGUGGGUUGUUGACACGCGUUUCUGUGCUUUCCCGGCUGCGAUCUUCCCGCCUGUCGAGUCCUCCUCCUGUGUCUCGGGGCCAGCUUCUCAGUCUGUACUUGAGGGAGCAGUUUCUGUAUCUUCUUCUCGGCUUGUUGACGCCCGAGGAGCCAAGUACUUUAACAGCAUGUUUUUACCCGCCAUAUUCAGAUAGAUGUUCAAGAAACUUGAUAGUGAGGCUUGGAACUUACGUAUCAGUUUCAUACAACCAAUCAUGUGGCUCAUAUUGUUUGCGGUGAACAUCGACGUCUCCAGCUCAUUUCGUAAAUUUGCACCCAUCGUAGCGAUUGGCUGACUAAUGAAUAGAUUUACCCGCAGUAUACACGCAAUCCCAGAUCAAAUGGCUGCCCCCAGCAUGGCGCCAUGGCAACAACCUAUGUGUGGAGUAGACUAAGGCGCCGCUCACGUGCGCCGCGCAGGCGGGACGUCAAUCAAUCCGCUGUUUAUUUCAGCUGGCAUAUAUUAAAGCCCGUGCAGCACCGCUUGUAAAGGGAUCGUUUUGUAUGCCCCAAAAAUCAAGUUGCGUGUGGGGCAACCUGACUUUCUGAACAACUCUCGCACAGAGGACAUAACUGUCGCGGCGAGACUGCAAGACCACUUAAUUUGAGCGCUGCUGGUAUAUGAUACGCUCCGGCCCGAUCGAGGGCAGUUUCUGGCGCUUCAGGGACCUGGACCACCGCGCCCACCCCCAUCGCAGAGCACUGAUUUUGGAGAUGUCCCAGCUCCCCGCAGCGCCAGGACACCGGUACAGGCUCUCCCUCUGCACCAGUGUUACGGACAUCACUCACCUGGGGGGGGAGAAGACACAGACAAGGAAGGGAGGACACCAUGGGUGUGCUGGGCCGGCUGGGGGGGAACCGGCCUCCGCAGUGGGGGAAUGGGGCGACAAUGGGAAGCAGAGGGAGAGAGAGAGAGGAAAGAGGAGGAGAAGCACGUCUUCCUGCCGUCGGAACUGCCGCCAUGUGGUCCUCUGCCAGCUCGAUAGCUUGAUCCAGGGAUGACAUUGUACCCACUCUGCCGUUCCUUCUGGAAGUCAUGCGAUGAACUGUUCCAGUGUCACCAGGUCAAUAAUUCCCUCGGUGUUGCGGUCGUCUGCUCUCAGCCACCACCGGCAGGUGUCCCGGAGUUGUUGCCCGAACUCAAACGGUCGGCCGACCUCCUCCAAGCGCAGUGAGCGGAAGCGCUGCCGCUGUUGCUCUGGGGAGCGGCCGACACACUGGAGGAUGGCUCUUCAGAGGUCCAUGUACAGGAGCUGGCUGUCGGCGGGGAGCUGCAGUGCGGCAAGCUGCGCCUUGCCCAUCAGCAGGGGGAGGAGGCGCGCUGCGCGCUGUUCGACCGGCCAACCCCACGCCUCCGCUGCUUGUUCAAAGAGCACGAGGAAGGCUUCUGGAUCGUCAUGCGGACCCAUCUUUGUUAGGGUGAGGUGGGGAGGGUCCUCUCCGGCAGUGGUCGUGGACCCUGCUGACGCGAGCAGGUGCCAGAACGCCUGGCGGUCUUCUUGUUGUGCCAACACCAAGGCUUCAAACCAUUGUUCCUGCUCCUUCCGGAGGGCGAUCAGUGCUUGAUGCUGGUUCUGCUGUGUUGUGGCGAGGGCAUGGAUAAGAUCUUUAAAUGGCGAGGACUCCAUGGGGCUGUUCCCUUCUGCACUCCCAGGUUGCGGCACCACUGUAGAAACGUUCCAGUUGUGGGUGGAGCACUGAAGUACGGCAGGCUGUUUUUUGCUUGUGAAUGUUCUUUAUUUUGCUUUUUAGCACAACUCUGUCCAUUGGGGACAGACUCAUACACACACACUCAUACACACAGACUACUGUCGUGUUCUGGUCCCCGAUCUCCCCUCCUCUAUUCCUCUCACUCCUUUUAUAGGGUGCCGUCACUGUAAGAGACACACAAACACAUGUUAAUUGACAACAGGUGUAGUGAUACAACCAGUCACCUUCCCUGACUCUGCCCUCCAUUCACAGACUGAUGCUCGGCCACGCCCCCGAUGCCACAACAUAUUGACAAACCUUAUACUUUACAUUUUUCUGUGUGCCCACUGCCAAAUAAUAUUAUAGUUUUUAAAUUACCUAAAUUAGAUGAAACAUAAAACUUGUCACCUUACUCGAUCACUCCAGAGUCAGAGGGCUGAGCGCCCACUUCCGCAUUCAUAAAAGACUAUUCAUAUGCCCUGUGUCCGAAAUCACUCCCUACUCACUAUAUAGGGCACUGUAUAGUGAGGAUGCCAUUUUGUAGUGCUGUCCGAAAUGAUAAUGAGGAUUAUUACACCCUAUAUAGUGCACUCAAAGUAUCCCACAAUGCAUCAUGAGAAGUAGUGUACAACCGAUGGUCACUAACCAAGCAAUACAUCCCAUCAUGCAUUAUAGUCGUGCUGAAAGAAAUCAAAUUAAGUCUCAAAUUUGAUUUAAUAAAAGGCAGUGGCAAAGAAGAAAGUAUUCAGCCUUGAUUUAAAAAAGUUGGAAGAUGCAGGUAUUUUGUAUUGAAUAAUGUAGGAAAUAUGUUCAGUAUAAUAUGUAUUUAUCACAAAAAUACAUGCAUGUAUUUAUUAUUUUGAAAACCUACCAGCCGGCUGAUAUGGCACAUUUUAAUUGUGCGACAGUAAUGAUGUAAAUACCAGCGUGACGAACUAGUUUCCGAAAGCGUUUUUUCAUUUUACCAAUGAGCUCACUAUAUAGUACUCCCUGGGUGCGAUUUGCUGGGGGGGAUCAUCCCCCCCCUCUGGUUUUUAUCUCUGCUGAAAAAAAAUCCUCGGGGACAACCCCGUCAAUAAAACAAGCAAACCAAAAAAAAAGUUGACAUGACAGGCAUGUUGUGACACAGUUUUCUAUGGUCUACAUUGCACUAACUUUCAAAAUGACCCGAAGUGGCAGCUUUGAUGUUCACGAACGUCCCCAGCAAAUAGAUACAUUGUAGAUAAUAACAAUAUCUUUGCGUUCUAUGCAGGGAUGCAAACAGCGCGCCUUUUGGCGGAUGUCGCCUUUUUCACAGCCGAUUUUUUUUUUAGGGGGGACGUUGGAGUGUCUGAUUAUAAUUUCAAAGUAAAUUCUGUAUUAAAAUUACUAAAUAAGCAAAUCCGUUACAGUCCAUGAAACAGGAAGUAUAAGGAUGAGAAAAAAAACAGUUUAAAUCGGAAAGCUGCACACAAUGUGAACUGCGCCAUCAGAGCAAACUGUUCAUUUAGUAUUCAUGUAUUUUAGUGAUUUUCGAGUCACUGUCCAUUUAAUCCGGAGGGAGAGAAAAAUCACAGCAACGCGACAAGCAAUGCGAACUUUGUUGUGUUAGUGUUCGUGUAUUUAGUCAGAGAGAUAGGAAGAUGAAUUUACUAUCUCUGGUUUAGUGUUUGUUUUCAUUUAGUGUUAUUCAUUUGAUAUCAUCGGAUGUUAUUGAGCUGUUAGCCUAUUGUUACCUUAAUUUUGUGACGUUUCAUGAUUAAAAAAAAAACAUCCCCCCUUCUGGUUUUUUGACAAAUCGCACCCUGAGUACUCCUAUAUAGUAAUUCCAUAUAUAGGGAGUAGUGAACGAGUGAGCAAGUUCGGACACAGGGAUAGUAACGGCAUGAUAAUCACUUUCACUCUUUUGCAGUGGGAAUGCUCACUCUAAACAGGAUAAAAUCUGUCUGACAUAGAUCAGACUAUUUGGACGUAAAACUUGUGAGAUGCCAUGCAGAUUUUAUGCACUUCGGAUGAUUCAGGACAGCGAUUCAGUUUAUGAUUCAGGACAGCGAUUCGGUUCAAUCUUGAAAACUGUGACACUGAUGAUGAACAGUGCAGGGUUUUUUUGUUUUUUUUUUAACUUCAAUUCGAUCCAGCCAAAGAUCAGCUUGAGUAAGUGUAACUAUUUCUUCUAUUUCUUAUGAGCAGAUUGGUUGUUAAUAUGUUAUCUUAGACUGGUGUUUGCAACACGGGGUCAGUGACCAGUCCACUGCAGCCCAGCCAAUUGGACAAACCAACGACUGUGCGUCACUACCAGUGCCGGAACAGCCCAUGCAGGGGGCAUCAUGUCGCUGACCAUGUCUGACUGGCAGAGCAGUGACUUAAAACUUGCGUGUACUUGACGAGCUUAUGACGAACAUUACAUGAAGGAACUACUGGUAUCAUACAUGAUCUUUCGUAAUAUUUAGUCAUUAAAAUUCACUACAGGUACACGUUAAUGACGUUUAGCAGACGCUCUUCUCCAGAUUGACGUACAACAUACCCAGAGCAGCCUGGGGAGCAGUUGAGGAUUUGAUGCCUUGCUCAAGGGCAUUUCAGCCAUUCCUGCUUGUCCAGGGUAGUUCAUUUUGGAUUAAAUGGGAUCUAUGAACCACUUUUGGAAAAACAUUUCAUCCUACAACUGGUGGAGGUUUUUGUAUAUUCCUGAAAAUGCUUGUCCAAAUAAUAAAUGGUAAAUGUCUUUUGAGACCUUUGGAUAGCUGUGAAUUGAAGGUAAAUUUCUUUUUGGUGAGUAAAAAUGCAGAUGUGACCCCACAGAUGAAUGUUUGUGGGGUAAAAAAUUAUGACUGAAAGUUGCUCGACUUCCACAAUACUAAUGACACCAAAGAGCUUAAUUCUAGUAUUAAUAAUGUAAUGGGUUUGAGAGAAGGGAAAAUUUGUGAUGAGAAAUCUACAAUUUCCACAAAAUGUGUGUAAAAACAUUUAAAUCUGGGAUCUUUUUGUGGAUCAUUUACAGUACCAGUCAAAAGUUUGGACAUACCUUCUAAUUCAAUGGUUUUUCUUUAUUUUUAUGAAUUAAUAGUCACUUCAUGUCUUAAAGUAAUGAAGGACUGUUAUUUCCCUUGACUUAGUUGAGCAGUUCAUGACAUAUGGAUUAUUACAGUUGUGGAAGACAUAUUUACUUUAUUUUUAUGAUUUCCUAUUUACUUUUUGAUAAUCUGAAAUGCAUUAAGGUAGCAAGAAAUUCCACUAAUUAACUUUUGAGAAGACACACCUGUUAAUUGAAAAGCAUUCCAGGUGACUACUUCAUGAAGCUGAUUAAGAUGAUGCCAGUAGUGUGCAAAGCUGUCAACAAAGGAAACGAUAGGUACUUUGAAGAAUCUAAAAUAUGAAAAUUCUUGUUUUUUUCACACUUUUUUUUUACCACCUAAUUCUAAAUAUGUUCCAUAUGUUAUUUCAGAGUUCUGAUGUCUUCGGUAUUGUUAUACAAUAUAGAAAAUAGUCCAAAUACAGAAAAACCUAUGAAUGUGUAGGUGUGUCCAAGCUUUGGACUGGUGCUUGAUGUCCUGGUUAAUGACAUCAAUAUGAAGGAUAACUUGUGUAGUAACAGAUUUUGUUUGUUUUUUUUUAGAUGUAUGAUUCAUUGCCCCGUAACUUCUUGUAGCAAACACUAUUCGAAAAAACAUUUUGGACACAUUAAUUGGGAAUUGAUUUGGACUUAGAAUAACAAAACUUUUUUUCUAACAAUAAAGUUAGUUAAGUUUAUUUUAAAAUUGUACAUUUAUUGUAUAAAAAAAACACUUUCUAAAAAAUAAACAGAAAUUAUCUUUCUGAAUCCUGUUUUUUUUUUUUUUGUAAUACUGGAAGAAAAAUAGCCUCAAUGAGGCUGUAACUCAUACUGGCAAAGACACCCAUAAAAUCGUAAAUAUGACAGGUGGUGCACACCAUCUUGACAACUUUUAUGCACACCCACCUAGGGAAAAUUGUAUAUGAGUUUGAUCGAUAUCCCAUCAAUCCCGUAGGAGGAGUAGCGAUUUUUGUAAAUUGUGAACGGACAAUGAUGGACGGAUGACGCGUAAUCGCAUAAGUUCAUCUGGCCUGGUCUGCAACCAGAUGAGCUAAAAACCAUUAUACAUUUAUUUUAUGAACAUGUAUUUUAUAUAUGGGUAUGUAGUAUUAUUUUAUACCUCAAGAUUACUCUUUAGAGCUUCAGAAUAUGUUCGGAUUUCUGUUUCUGUGGCCACAGUUAUCUUUGUGUCAGGCUUUUUGUGUUAUAAGGGUCAGGUCGUCAGACUGUGGAAUGUAUUUUUGUUAGCCAGUUUAGAAAGUUAGUACUCUCUCAUUCCAAUAUUUUAUGGGCAUGACACAUACAACUGCAUUAGCUUGCUACAAAUAUUUUUCUAAGAUCAUGGAGAAAUUAUGUUGUAUUACUUAGCCUGAAUUUAUGAUUUUCUACUGAGGGGAUUUUCUAUCACCAGGCUCCAUUUAGCUGAGCCUAGGAACAAUGUAUGAGUUUAAAUAUUUACAUGAUCUUGUGUGUCACCAUCUUGUGUUUCUUCAUCAUUCAUAGUUAUUAUUGUAAAAGCACUUAGCGUGUUGAACACAGGCUUGCCAUUGUGUAGUUAAAACCUUAAGAUGUCAUAUGGUGGGAAAUGCGAGCGGGUCUGUUUUAUUUCAAGUUCAGUGGACGUUAUGCUUCAGCCAAUGGGAAGCCUGCAUUGAGUAGUCAGUCAGAAGUCUGUGUUCAAACAAAGAAAAGUCCUUUUACAAUGGUUUUAAGAGGAGCCGCCAUUUUGUUUUGGGGCGGUUCAAGGGUGUAUCCCUUGUAGCAGGACAGAGUUUAAAAAUUACUGGUAGAAGUUUAGAUUUCAGUGUGUAUCUUGGAUAUUGCUCAGUGCUGGAAUUGUUUUUAUGCAAUAAAGGUGCUUCAAGGUGA